GCGUCAGUUCAAUUUAUAUUUUAAUCGCCAUCUUAAAAAGCGAGUAUGAUAAAGAAUACUGCUUGAUCGUAAUAUCGCUCAAAAGUAUUAAAUUGCAGUUUGUAGCAGGUCUUACUCAUAGGAAUAGUUGAGAAAAAAUAGUUGAUACGAUAAUGGAUAUUCCAAAUCGACCGUUUUCGUCUGGAAGUCGUCAAGCUCCAGAUCCAUACGACCAAUUUUUAGAACGCGAAGGAUUUUAUCGGAAACAUACCGCACGAGAUUCUACAUGCUUAUUUAGAGUGGUUUCGGAACAAAUUUUCGAUGUGCAACUAUACCACGAGAAGGUUAGAACCGAUUGUGUGAAUUUCAUGCGAGAACAACGCCAUAUGUAUGAAAAGAGAAUUAAUGGGAACUUCGAUGAUUACAUUAUCGAAAUGAACAAGACUCGUACAUACGGGUCUUUCACGGAACUGAACGCGCUGGCGCAUACUUAUCGUUGUAAUGUGCUACUUUUCGAACCAUACAACUGUGGAACAUGGUUCGUCAACUGUGAAUCGUACGACAAUGCUUUGAUGGUUUUUUUCUCUCCCGAUAAGCACUUCGAUUCCAUUUUUUCGACAGCCUAUAUCAAACAAGCAGCUUAUUGUCAAGCCCUCGUGUACGAAAUUCUCUACGUCAAGGUGUUCAAAUUACCGGACGUAAUGUACUCUGUUGAGCGGAUGUUACACGACCCUGAAGGUAGAAGAAUGAUUGUCGUAGAGCGGAAAGAUAGAUCAGGUGAAAUUAGCGAAGAUCGAAUAAUUACAACGGAGGGAAGACAGUUUGUACUGAGUACAUCUGAUGAAACGGAAUGUGUUCUGGACAAUUAUAGACUUUGUCAUUUCCACAACAAAGAAAAUUUUGCGUCUAUCGUGGAUAUCUAUCGGAGCAAGAAAAACGAUAAAGAGAUGAAAGAGAUUCGGUACACCCGUACGAAUAAUGGAAAAGUACAACUAUCAAAGGAGCUGAAUAUAGUCAAUCCAAUGUUAUGUGAUAGAAAGAUGUCAUGCGUGCGCCAAUUAUUGAGGGAAGGUAUCACCCCAUUCCCAUACAAAGUAGCAAAGGCACUGGAUCCCAGUAUCUAUCGUAACAUCGAGUUCGAUUCGUGGAGCGACACUCGAAGAGAAUUAAAAUAUCGCAAUUGGUAUUUUGGAGGAAAUAAUUUGCAGGUUGGUGUCAAAUGUUUGGUGAAUCUUAGCGAGAACGAUUUGUCGUAUUGCUACAUACAAGAUAUGAAACCUGAUAAUGGACCAUGCCUCGUUUACAUUGAAGACACCGCUGAAUGCCGUACUGUGCCAUACGAGAAGCUACAGCCCCUUCCCCACGAGCAAAUACGACCCUGGAUGAUGUCUUAUAAGUCUCGCAAACCGUCAGGAUUUCAUCACAUGAAAAUUUCAACGGAUAGUCACCCAAAAAAGAAAAUCUAUUCAAAAAUGAUCGAUGUGGGUUUAUCGGAAAUAAAGUCAUUGGAUAAUGAAGCCAAUGAAUUCUGUUGUGAUUCUGGAAAAACAUUACACUGUACUCUAAGUUCGUUCACUGGGAUCAGCGAGUUCCAACCUGCACCUGCAGAAAUGAUUGUCAUGCCUUUUAUUAUUGAAGAUACCAAGAAUAAGAAAUCCGCCUCUACUAAGAACGAUCCAAUGAAAAAUGAAAAACUUGAAAGCAAAACUAACCAGGCGGACUUGGACAGCACGGAUUGUUCGUCGGGUGUCUAUGAUAUGUUUACAUCAUCGAGCAAUACAAGUAAUAAUCAAUCUGUAUGCUAUUCGUUUUCAGAACCAUUCUCAUAUGAUCCAACGAUUCCAUCCACAUUUUAUGCACCGUCAUAUCCUUCACAUGCGUAUGCGUUUGCAACACAAGGAGCUAUGCCGUGCCCAUAUUAUGCACCGCCCAAUCCAAUGAUGAACUCGAUAGUUGCACCACAUUUGAACGCUUUAGCACCUAAUAUAAAAUACAACGAUGGAUUUCCUAACUUUCACGCCAACCACAGUGUCAUUUCGAAUGGGAGCGAUUUACCUCUUCAUGAUUUGGUAACCUUACGGUAUUUCUACAAUUUGGGAGUGGAAUACUUUCGUCAAAAUCAGCUACGUUUACAACCGCCUAUACUGGUUAAUUCUGCUUACACAGAUCCCAAUGUAGCAACAGCCGAUUCAUCCCCCGAGGACGAUGCUAAUGAGUUUAAACAACUUAUGAAUGACUUUGAGAGUGGUUUAAACAUAGGUUUCAAACGGAACGAUAGCGAAAGCGGUACUCAACAAAAAACGAGGCAAGCAAGUACAGCUGUUAAGAACGAUAAUAAUUUGUCUACAAAACGUAAAUUAACUUGCUCCUCAAAACCCUCGAAAAAAAUUAACGAAUCUAAAUCGGGUCGUUUCAAGCCGGUUACUACCGAAAGUGAUCCACCACAACCUACACAAAAAUCAAGCAAAACACAUGUACCUCAUCAUGUUGUUUCCAAUGUGGGAUCCGACAGUGGCCACGAAAUUAUGCAGCCUAUUCCAUAUGGUUUCCCUGUUUAUCCACCGUCGACUGGCUACCCCGUUGGUUUGCCUCUCUACGCAAUGGACUCCUCCAGCAUUGAUCCAGCUGUAGCAUCGCAAGGAACAUGCUAUCUUCCAACAUACAUGGUACCACCUUAUGGAGCAGUCAUAGCACCUACACCACCUUCUGAUAUUAUGAUGGUGCAAGAAAAUCUAUCAACAGCUCCGCAGCCAGGUGCAUCUGAAGCAGUUAAUUCCUAUGGGUUCAACACCGGCUACCCUCCGAUGAUAUACACUGCUCCACAUCCUCCACCGGGUUACACCGUUUUUGGAUAUCCGCAACAACACGCAUUAUAUUCUGUCGGCAACAAUAGUAAUAAUAAUAACAGCAAUGGCGAAUGCACUGAUAAUUCCGGGCAGUAAGUGAACAUUCGAAACAUAGUAUUUCUGCAUCAUGUAAUAGUUUUUAAUUGAUACGUUUAUUGUUUGGCUCGGCGUAAAUGGUAGCAACAAAACAACUAGACGUUAGUUGAAAUAUGCGACCUAUUGCAUAAUAUUUUAUCCUCUUGUUAUAUUGAGAUACUAUUAUAAAUUAGAUUACGAUCACUGUUUUGUUUUUAACUUUAUUUCUAGGUUUGAUGUAAAAACUAGGAAGAAAUAUAAAUAUGAACUUGAAAAA